UUGGAUUAUUAGAAUUCCACUUUCCAUUGGUUUGGACUACUCAGUCAACCGCCGGCCGCUAUUCCCCUUCUGCCCACUCCCUCGAUCUGUCUCAUCUCAUCUCUCUUCGCUUUUUCAGUUGUCACUCCAGUCUCAUCUAACACCUCUCUCUCUCUCUCUCUCUCACAAAAACACACACAGCUAUCUGUUAAGGUAUCAGCCAAUUACAUUCGUUGCUCAUCGCUGAUAAUCUGAGACAGAAGUUACAAAGGUAGUCAAAGUGAACACCUAAAGAAUGGAGAUAAGUGGCAGCAGCUAUCCCCCUCAGUCUCAUCUCCUUCCUCGUCUUUACUUCUUGUCUCUAUCUCUAGUGGUGUUUACACUUCCUGUGAUGGCCAUAGAAGACUCAUCUGCAGUCAUAUCAAGAUUCCAACAAUACUUGCAAAUCAACACGGCUCAACCAAACCCCAACUACUACGAAGCAGCUGAUUUCAUCCUCUCCCAAGCCAAGUCUCUCUCCCUCGAAUCCCAAAUAUUAGAGUUUGCCAACGGCAAACCGGUCAUCCUUCUCAAAUGGCCCGGCAAGAACCCAAACCUCCCAUCAAUUCUUCUCAAUUCCCACACUGAUGUUGUCCCUGCUGAGCACCAUAAGUGGUCCCACCCUCCUUUUGAGUCCCAUAUUGAUCCAAAUACAGGCAACAUAUACGCCAGAGGCUCUCAGGACAUGAAGUGCGUAGGCUUGCAGUAUCUGGAGGCCAUACGAAAAUUAAUGAAUUCCGGGUUCAAUCCAGUUCGGAAUAUCUAUUUGUCAUUUGUGCCUGAUGAGGAGAUUGGUGGGCAUGAUGGUGCCGAGAAGUUGGCUGACUCAGAGAUUUUCAAAGAGAUGAAUGUUGGGAUUGUGCUUGAUGAAGGUUUAGCAUCACCGAAUGAGAACUACAGGGUGUUCUAUGGAGAGAGAUGUCCAUGGUGGUUGGUUAUUAAGGCCACUGGAGCUCCUGGACAUGGGGCUAAGCUCUAUGACAACACUGCAAUGGAGAAUCUCUUGAAGAGUAUUGAGAGUGUCAGGAGGUUUAGGGCUGCUCAGUUUGAUUUGGUCAAGGCUGGUAUGAAGUCUGAAGGAGAAGUCAUUUCGGUUAAUAUGGUCUUCUUGAAAGCUGGCACUCCAUCUCCAACAGGUUUUGUCAUGAAUCUGCAGCCGUCUGAAGCACAAGCAGGAUUUGAUAUUCGAGUCCCACCAAGUGCAGAUCCAGCAUCCUUGGAGAGGCGAAUUGCCGAAGAAUGGGCACCUGCUUCACGUAACAUGACAUUUGAGUUUAAGCAGAAGGUUUCUGUGCAUGAUAAGUUUGGGAGGCCAACCCUCACAUCAUCUGACAGUUCUAAUCCUUGGUGGGCCCUGUUGGUAGAAGCUAUUGAGAAAGUUAAUGGAAAACUUGGAAAACCAGAGAUCUUUCCUGCCUCCACAGAUGCCCGCUACUUCCGGGAACUAGGCUUGCCGGCAAUUGGCUUUUCACCCAUGGCGAACACUCCAAUUUUACUUCAUGACCACAAUGAGUUUUUGAACAAGGACGAGUACUUAAAAGGAGUUGGUAUAUAUGAAUCAAUAAUAAAGGCUUAUGCAUCUUUUGUGGAGACAAAAGGAAGUGAUGCUUCCAGAGAAGAGUUGUAAGAUAGUGUUAGGUCAUUCUCGUGGUCUGCAAAAGGCUUUGUUCGAGGACAGUUUUUGUUUCGUUGUAUGAAAAUAACGGGAGUUGAGAAUAACAUAAUUUCGGGGAAUGUAUAAGAAACUUCAGAAGGUUGAGAAUCACCAAUGCUCUGAUGGGAUGAUUCAUCAUGGAUGCUUGCUGACAAUAUACUGUAAGUUUGUUUUAUUGCAUAAUUUCUGUUAACU